AUGAGCACAGUCGGAAAGCUACUGCCGGUCACUUCUAGGCGUCUGGUCCAGGCGGCUGGGGCUCAUAAUGUGAGUGCCAGUGAAAAGCCGGCCGAGAAGCCGGAUGCGGCUGCCCCAGAUCCAUUCAAGAGCUUCUAUUACAAAGACCUCAUCACCACACCAGCAAUGGGUGACCAAAGAAAGCCGGUCCCAAAAACCGGCGCCCCACUAAAGUUCGGGCAUACCUAUGCCGACCAUAUGGUUGAUGUUGACUGGACCGAUAAGACCGGAUGGGGAAAGCCUCACCUCAAACCUUUGGUCCCAUUCAAACUCCAUCCCGGAGCAAAGGUGUUGCACUAUGCGAUCGAAAUCUUCGAGGGCAUGAAGGCGUACCGCGGUGUUGACAAUAAAAUUCGGCUCUUCCGCCCGGAGGAGAAUAUGAAGAGGAUGAAGAGCUCCGCCAAAAGAUCCGCGCUUCCAGACUUCGACGCCGACGAAUGCGUGAAAAUUAUCACGGAUCAAGUGCUGCUUGAUAUGGAUUGGGUUCCAGCUUCAUCCACUUCAUCGCUCUAUAUUCGCCCUACUUUGAUUGGAACUGACCCGACCCUUGGCGUUGGUGAAGCGCAUAUGGCCAAGUUCUUUGUCAUUUCUGGGCCCGUUGGAGCUUAUUAUGAGACUGGCUUCCAGCCCGUCUCCCUUCUUGCUGAUUCCAAAUAUUGCCGUGCUUACAGCGGCGGUGUUGGCCAAUACAAAAUGGGCUGCAACUACGCCCCCACCAUCUGGGUGAACAAUAUUGCUGCCAAGAAGGGAUGUCAGCAGGUUCUCUGGUUGCACGGUAAAGAAGAACAGCUGACUGAAGUCGGAACCAUGAACAUUUUCGUUUAUUGGAUCAACAAGGAUGGAGAAAAAGAGCUGUGCACACCGCCACUGUCAUCUGGUCUGAUUCUACCUGGAGUCACCAGAAACUGCAUAAUCGAUCUCGCCGAGCAGUGGGGCGAAUUCAAGGUCACCGAGCGUACCGUCACAAUGAACGACGUUCGAAAGGCGCUGAAGGAAAAUAGGCUCCUCGAAAUGUUUGGCGCUGGCACCGCUUGUGUGGUUUCGCCGGUGGGCAAGAUCGUGCACGAAAAUCCGGAAAAUGGCAAGACUGAGGAGCUGCAUAUUCCAACCAUGGAAAGCAAAGACAACCUGAUGCAGCGGUUCUAUAAUACGCUUACUGAUAUUCAGUACGGACGCAGCGGUGACAUGCCACAGUGGACGAAAAUCAUCAAC